AUGUAUGAACUACCAUGGAUAUUAAAAUGGGAAUAUGUUAUUUCGGAAGAUGUUGAUGAAGAAUGGACUUAUAUUCCUAAUCUAGUCCGUAGUAUCUUAAUCAGAUGGUGGGAUAAAUUCACUAGGGAUCACCUGGCUCCCACCAAGAUCGUCCCAGCUCUUAUCCCAUCUCCCGAUUCUACUGCUGCUCAACCUUUGGUCACUUCUUCUAAUUUAAGUGUUUCCCAAAGGCUACAACUGUUGAUAGACCAGCUAGGAUCAUCAUCCUCUAAAGAAGACUUGAAAAAUAAAGUCCUCGAGAUUCUUGAUUUGGACGACAAAUCUAUGGCAUCAGCAUCUGUCACCCAGCCUAAAGAUGAGGUGGACCCCUUUGCUAAUGAAGACAUGCUAGAAAAUUUCCAUCCAGAGCUUUAUUGUGGGCCUUAG